UGUGGCAACGGCAGGCGGAAGGAUACAAACUUUCAAAUUUUGGCUCUAUCGCGCUACCCGCGCUUCGAGUUGCUGUUCUUCGCCUCUGAACCGGACAUUUCAUAGCGAUUCGAAAAGCUUUUUUUUCUUUUAAAAAAACAAACGUCCGACUGCGCCGUCCAGUAUGGCUAGCGAGGCACCAGCCAAGGCGUCAACCGCCACACUGGCACUCUCCGAGAUUCCGUCGAAUCUGUCGCAGCUGAGCGUGCUAACUUUGAGGACGGAUAUGGGGAUGUGUCGCGAGUCCAACCGUCUGACCAGUUUCGCCAGAUGGCCUUUCCAAGAGAACUGCGCCUGCACACCCGCCAAGAUGGCCCAGGCCGGCUUCUACCACUGCCCCAUUGACAACGAGCCCGACUUGGCCCGCUGCUACGUCUGCUUCAAGGAGCUGACCGGCUGGGAGCCAGACGACGACCCCGUCAAGGAGCACGCGCGCUCCAUGGACUGCGCCUUCGUCCAGCUCAGGAAGACAGAGGCAGACAUGACUGCCAGGGAGUUCUUGCUUCUGGAGAACGCACGGCACCGUAACCGAGCCACCAAGCUCAAGACCGUUUUCGACGCCAUGGUGGAAGAGAAGCGGCGGCUGGUAGCACGCGCUAUCGCCGCACGCCGACGAAAGCGAUGAACUCUCCCAGUGUCGGAGCGCUCUUUGUGUUAAUUAUUGUCCCUCUAUUACCGUGAUCGACGCUGUUCUGGACAAGAAGCUGAGACUGAUUGUACGCUGUCGCCGCACACCAACGAAGGCGAUCAACUUACCCAGCUUCAGCCGCCUUCGAGCUUCUUGCCCUGCGUUAGUGCAGCCCAAGAGACCACACCUUUCACUAUACUGGCACGUCAAGAGUGUAGCCAAGUUCCGUGAUACUAAUAAUAAAAAUAAUGUACUGGCUCCCAUGUUCACGCAGUGCUUACCUUGUGGGCUCACUUGCUGGAAACAGUUUUAGCCAAAACUGUGUGAAAAAAAAGCACUGCCAAAGCUCCCGCACAAGUGGAGGGGCCUGUGAAGUCAUCUCAAGUUCCUACGUGCCCCAGGCCUGCCAGGCUUUCUUUCACACUGUCUUAGCAAAGGUGGUUUCUAGCAAGCCGGCCUUGAAGGAGCUCUGAAGUCAAUUCCGAGAUCGUCCUUCUGUGGUUGCAACUCAAUCUAGACACUCCAAGAAUCCCAAUAAACCCAGAAUUUGAAUUGUGUGUUAACCCAAUAAAUCCAAAAUUACAAUCCUGGUUUAAAGCGUGUUCAAAGGUCACGGCACACCCAUUUUGGGAAGAAUUUUCUUCCGAGUGAAGUGGUUGACGAAGGGCGCUUGUCGGCAAGUUGCAAGCAAUGGCUUCGCCCGCGGAGAAAAAGAGGGGUCUCAUCUGAAUAUGCAGACUCUUCGAAACGAGUUAUAAUAAAAUCAUUCGGAAUCUG